UAAACGGUUAGCGGCGAUACCAGUUGAGAUUUCGUGGGACUGUCCAUAGAGUGUGUGGUGUAAGUCCCCACACACUGACACAUACACUCACUUGGAUGCGUGUGUUGCGUAGCCUCCGUAAGUGGGCGUAGGACCGGAGAACGUCGUGUGUUCCAUACAUGGGUAUGCUAUGUGGAAACGGGCAACGACGUGGGACACCAGAUACAAACAGAGACGGCUCUUCAGCAAGAGAAAGAGAGAUCUAUAAUAUCUCUGGCUCCUUAUUCUGCCGGUGGGGAAAGGACCGUGUUAUGUUGGUCUUAGUCCUCCAGAAUGAAACCAAGACCGAGACAACUAAGGAGGAGGUGGACAUAUGCGGAGGCGAGCUAAGAAGUAAGACAACCAAGAGUUAAGAGUUAAGAGUUAAGUGGAAAAAGACACUCCAUCCCUCCUCGAUAUCAUGACCAUUCUACUGGACAGUAUCCAGCCAGGCCCCGCUCCACGACCACGUUUAGUUACGUUUCACCUUUCUUCAUCAUCCGUUCGCUCUUCGGUUUAUCUAAAUCUGAAUCAAUAUCAAUAUCAAAGUCUAUCCUCGUAAUUUGGAUUUGAAUUUGGUGAAAUUGUUUGGUGGUGCAUUAGUGAAGAAUUGUGAAAAAAUAGCGAUGGUUGACAAGAGAGGGAAGUUCGGAGGACAAGGGUGUAGCGAUUUGCUACAACGGUGAACCUAAAAGGUGUAUCUGGUGAAGAUAGCAGUGAAGAUACGGCUUGGAGAAAUAACUUGGAGAAUAAAUAGUGACCACGCGACAAAAGAAUGCCGACUACAGUCCGAGCGAUCCUGCUCUUGCUGUGGAUUUUCGAAAUUACCGCGGAAGACGCAACUAGCUCCACUACACUGGCUACUUCUUCUUCAACUUCAGAGCCUCUGUCGUUCCAGACGGAAAAAUUUGAUAGUCCGUGGGAGUGUCCGAAUAUAACGAAAAAAAAUGUUGAGUGUUCCUGCGAUUUUCCUCACACUUUGCGGUGCACCGGAGACCGGACGGCUCUGCAGACAAUAAACUCCCAUCUAAAAAGCAGCCAAGGAGCGAUCUCCCUUCUGGAUGUAACCGUUACAGGAAUCUCAACGCUCCCGGCGGAAUUUCUACAAGACGUGGCUCUUCACGGGUUGGUGGUGUCAACUGGAGAACUGAGGCGCGUGAAUGACAAUGCCUUUACCGGCUUGGUCCGGCCACUCCAGGCACUCGGGUUGCCCAAUAAUCUUUUGGAGUCUGUUCCUACUUUGGCCUUAGCCCAACUCAAUGGACUAGACAGGCUCGAUUUGUCUCUUAACAAAUUACACACGCUCGAAGCAAACUCUUUCAAAAGUCUCGCUAGUCUGACAUACCUGGAUCUUAGCGAAAAUUUAUUGUCCCAAUUGUCUCCACAAGCGUUUGGCCCGUUGAAGCAGCUGAGGUCGUUAAAGAUGCGCGGAAACCGAUUAAGCGUUUCAGCAUUAUCUGCGCUCCGUGGAUUGAAAAAUCUCGAAGAACUGGAUCUAUCUAGUAACUUACUUAUUGGGCCCCUGGGACCCAAUUUACUCCCAUCAAUGCCCAAAUUGAGAUUCCUAACUCUUUCGGAGAAUGAACUUAUUAAUGUCCAGCAGGGAGCGCUUGUUGGGCUGAAGAACCUCAGCUACCUUAGUUUGAGCCACAAUCAGAUUGACGUCCUGGAGGAUCAUUCCUUCAAGUACUUGUCAACAUUAACCAACCUGGACCUGGCCAGCAAUCGGAUCGUUGCAGUCUCUAGCGCUUCGUUGGCACACCUAGAGAACCUGGUGACCUUGGAUCUGACCCAUAACUUCUUACGUUCUUUGACAGCAGACCUGGUGAUUCCCCUGACGAGCCUCCAAGACCUGAAACUCGACGACAACGACAUCACUAUGGUGUCCAGUGAUGUGCCAACCUCGAAACUGAAGCUCAAGCGGCUGUCUCUGGCAGACAACCCUUUGAACUGUGAUUGCACUCUUCUAGACUUCGCUAACUGGCUCAGCAAUUCACCACUUGAUGAAGAAGAGAAGAACUCCGCAGUCUGCGCAACGCCCCCUGCUCUGGAGAACGGAAUCCUGGUCCAGGUGUCACCAGGAAGCUUGCUCUGUGGUGAUCCUACACCUCCUCUGAUGACCAAAGUCCCGCUAGCUGGAGCCCAAUUGACGCUCAAGGAGUUCCGCUAUGACAAAUCGGGAGUUAACAUCCUGUGGAACGUUGAGCCUUGCAGCGAAAGUUACACCUGCGAUAGUCUAAUUGUUUACGAAGCUACCGGAAGCUCUGAAGUCGAGAUUGAGUCGAAAACUCUGCACUGUGAUUCAAGAUUCAUGGCGAAUCCUUGUUCACUGUCGGUAACUAUUCCAGCGUUGAACCUCCAGAUCGGUCACAAGUACAGGUACUGCGUAGUCCUCCUGGUCCCGUCUGACCACGAAGACCUGUCCCUGGGUCUGGGAUGCAGCGACAUCAUCACCUUAGAAGAGUCCCAUAUGACCACCAACGUCUCCAGCAUUUCUUCAACGGUUCUCCCCGCAGUUCGUCAGGAUGGACAAAGAAUCACUGGAGUCCAUGUCAACGUGUCCGAGCAAGGCUUUCUCCAUGUUGACAUCAGCUUGUCUUCAUAUGAAGCCAAUUCUUGCGAACUGUUCGUUAUUGUCUUCGCUGGAGAAGUUCCGCUGCACAGGAAGAAGCUCAAUUGCUCGCUAGCCUACGCUGAAAUGACUGGACUCAUUCCUGGGAGGUAUAAAGUCUGCGCCAGCUUCAAUGAUGAACGCUUGGACGAGUCCAACGGCAGGUCCAGAUGCGUUGAAGUCCAGGCUGUCAAGCAGAGCUUCGAAAUGAUAAUUCUGGUGAUUGUUGUGGUGUCUUGCUUGCUGUUCAUUACGGUGGUUGUCUUCGUUCGCAGCUUGAUCAAGAAAGUUAAAGCUCCGCAGAUUCAAACUCAGUGUUUUAUGCCUGCGCAGGAGCUUGAGAUUACUCACAAAGCGCAUUAUAUUAAGUUACUCGCUACCACUAAAGUCUGAAUGAUAGAUUUUGUUUGUAAAUAAUUUGAAUUUUAAUUUUAUAAUUAAAAUUAGGAUAAGUGUUGAAGUGUACAUUAAUAAUGUUAUUUAGUGCCUGAUAACCGAUUAUUUUUUUAUGAGGAU